GAAAUGUCUCUGCAGCCAUGCCGGACGAUAUGUCUAUGAUCCCAUAUAAUGGGGGAAAUCUUGAUGUUGUCCUCCGACAUAACGACUCGGUGGUCGUCUAUGAUCAUGACUCGCAACAGCUAGUUCUCCGCACUGCAGCUGAUACGCGUGCGAAUGACGUCGAGCUUUCAAAUUGCCCUUUAUGCCACCGGCCCAUGCGAGAUAGCAGUCGAGGUCGACAGCAUGCGACCACGGACCCUGAAGGCGAAUUCAUCAACCCGAAUUACUUCCGCAUGCUCGAUAACAGCCUCCCAAGCUCCACAAGCUCCUCUACCCCUCCUUCCCCGCAUCUUCGCCUCGUUCAACCAGCUCUUUCUGACGGAUCAGCUAGUCUCGGGCCUACUAGCUCUCCUUCUCAGAAUCCUCAUCAGACAGCGUCUCAAGGAAUAUCAUCUGCCGCAUUCAGUCAGGAUUACUUCAAGAAGUUCUUUGUGGAGGAAAAAGUGCUAGGGAAGGGAGGAAAGGGCGUCGUACUGCUUGUCAAGCAUGUCUUGGAUGGUGUUUCUCUUGGACAAUAUGCCUGCAAACGAGUUCCGGUUGGCGACGAUCAUGAAUGGCUAGAGAAGGUUCUUGGCGAAGUCCAACUCCUGCAGCAUCUCUCCCAACAGAAUUUGGUCUCUUAUCGCCAUGUCUGGCUGGAGAAUGCUAAAAUUAAUGUCUUUGGUCCGAGCGUGCCAUGUGCCUUUAUUCUACAGCAAUACUGCAAUUCCGGUGAUCUACACAACUAUAUCUGUGGCUCCGUUCAGACAUCAACCACCGCCCAGCAACUGAAAGCGCGACUCCGACGAAAAUCAAAGGGCGAACCAGACUUGAACCCUGCAGGGCCUCGCAUGCUACAGCUAGAUGAGAUUUAUUCUUUCUUCCGAGAUAUCACAUCUGGUUUGCGCCAUCUACACACUAAUGGGUACAUUCAUCGUGAUUUGAAACCACAAAAUUGUCUCCUUCAUGAAACAACGGAUGGUAUGCGAGUCUUAGUGAGUGACUUUGGUGAGGUGCAAACACAGAAUGCUAUGCGCAAAUCAACUGGUGCAACGGGGACAUUGUCAUAUUGUGCGCCUGAAGUGCUUCGACGCGAAUAUCCGGAGGGGCCAUUCGGCAACUUCACGUUCAAGUCCGAUAUCUUCUCCCUGGGUAUGAUCCUUUAUUUUCUGUGCUUUGCAGAGCUUCCAUAUGCAAGUGCCGAUAUCAUCAACGAAGAGAAAGAAGACUUGGACCAACUUCGCAAGGAAAUCACCAGUUGGGCCGGUUUCGAUCAAGCUCGGAGGAAGCGCCCUGAUCUUCCAGAGAAGCUUUAUAGCUUCUUAGAAAGGCUCCUUUCUGUGGACCCUGACAGAAGGCCCACUGCAGAUGAAGUUCUGAAUGGAAUCCAAGCUGGUGCCAAUGCCAAUGAGUUUCGCUUCAAAAGAAACAGCUCAACCAGUCCCGACUUACCUACUGGUGCGAGAAUCCGCCCUGUCGAUAGUCCGCAGCCCUCUAUGGAUAGACGGGCCCUUUCGCCCGCCAAGAAAAUGCCUCGCAGCCCUGUUGCAUUUCGACGAGACUCGAUGUUCGACACGAAUGGGUUUGGGUCCAAUUCGCCCUCUGGGUCAGAAGUUAUAGAUGGCAGGCCAUCUCUCAGCCCCGACCAGGAUAUUGUUAUUCGCCCCAGAUACUCUACUUCACCGCCCAUGUCCCCGGCUCGACACAGCCAUGAUGAAUCAAUCCAUGAUCGUCAACCGCAACAUUUACCUCGUCAACAACUUCUUCCUCCGCCUCCAAGCAGAUUCCCUUCCCUAGAUUUCUUGAAAGCAUACAUAUCAUCACCAGGGCUGCAAUUCUCGGUAUUUCUGGUCAAAGUUGUCUCUGUUCUCCACCCAUGCUCUCCUCUCUCCGUUAAACCUUGGAUCCUCUACCCUCUUCUCCUACUCGCUGCGAUAACUCUUGGUGCACAUGACUCUCGGGUGCAAGGUCUAGCUAUCAUAGCACAUAUGCUCGUUGUCGGGGUCGGUAUGCGUCUCGGUGCUCUAUGCACUUGGCCCGGAGACUCAACUCUUGGCCUCUGA